AUGGCAAACCCCCAUAACAACAACAAUAACAACCAGCAGGCUCCCUUUUGGGAAUUCCUGCAAUCAUUUGGUCCAGCUGGAGGCAUGAGGGCCGGUGUUGGUAUUGAUCAUGCUAACCUCGGAUCUCAAUUCCCUCAUGGAUUCAAUCCCUUUGACCCUACUCAAAUGAACGCGAACAACCCAUGGCUCCACGGCUGGGGCAACGGAUGGGGUCGCGGAGCUGGAGCUUGGGGUCCUCACGGAUGGCCUAACAGAGACAGCUUCCAGCGUUACCGUGAUGUACCCGAGUCCGGUAGGGAAGAUGAACAAGGCGAACAUGAGACGGAGGGUUCUCCUGACACCAUGAGACACACUCCGGACGCCGAAUCAUUCGACGACGAAGACUACCCUGACCACCCACCGCAUGCUCCGGGAUCGUUCCCACACCCGCACCCGCCACCACCCACCGGGGAAUACCCUCACCCUCCUCCUCCCCCACCGGGUGCCCCGAAUCACCCACGUCACCCGGGUUUCCACCGCGGCCACCCCCAUCACUUCGGUGGUCACCGCGGACGAGGAGGUCGAUUUGGACAUGGUGGACGCUUCGGACGAAACCCACCUCCAGCCUAUAGUGGCCCAUGGGACUUUCGCCCAUUGAUGCACGCUUUCUCUACCCACCCCUUCGCCCAGGCUUUCAGAGACUACAUGGACCGAACUCGUAACGACCCUACGGGCGAGUCGUUUGAGAACCAUGAAGAGGCUUUUGUCCCACCCGUCGACACCUUCAACACCGAAAAGGCAUACGUCCUUCACGUGUCACUCCCCGGAGCCCUCAAAGAGGAUAUCGCGGUGAAUUGGGAUGGUGAAAAGGUCAUCAUCUCGGGUGUUGUCCACCGUCCAGGGAACGAAGUAUUCAUCCAGUCAUUAAUUUCCAGCGAGAGAAAGGUUGGUAUGUUUAAGAGGAACGUCAGACUACCACCCCCCGGAAGUAAUGACAAGGAAGAUGUCGACGGCCUGGGUAUCACCGCCAAGAUGGAGAAUGGUAUUCUCAUUGUAACUGUUCCCAAGUCCGAGAAGGAGUGGACUGAGAUCCACAAGGUCGACAUCGAAUAA